UUUCGCGGCGACCGUCGUCGCGACUGACGCAUGCAUACUCCGAUUUGACGGCCGUCGUGGCCACAAUUUUCAUCGAGUGUCUCGUGCUCACAUUCCCGUGGCCUUCGCAGCGGAAUCGUAAGAAAAAUGGCGACGGAGGAGAUCGAUCGUGCUAAGAUGGAGUCUAUGUUGCGUACUUUGAAGUUGUCAGGCCACGUUGGAUUUGACAGUCUGCCUAGUCAAUUGGUAAACAAAUCAGUGCAGAAUGGAUUCGUAUUCAAUAUUCUCUGUAUUGGUGAAACCGGCCUAGGAAAAUCCACGCUUAUGGAUUCCCUUUUUAAUACAAGCUUUGAAUCUAGUCCCAGUCCCCAUAAUUUGCCAUCUGUAAAACUUAAGGCACAUACCUACGAACUGCAAGAAAGUAACGUCAGACUGAAGUUGACUAUCGUUGAUACUGUUGGUUAUGGUGAUCAAAUCAAUAAAGAAGACAGUUUCAAGGCAGUUGUCGAUUAUAUAGAUGCACAGUUUGAAGCUUAUUUACAGGAAGAGUUAAAAAUCAAACGCAAUCUAGCAACUUAUCAUGAUAGUCGCAUUCAUAUUUGCCUUUAUUUUAUAUGUCCUACUGGCCAUGGUUUGAAAUCCAUUGAUCUUGUAUGCAUGAAGAAACUGGAUACCAAAGUUAACAUCAUUCCAAUUAUUGCUAAGGCUGAUACAAUAUCAAAGACUGAGUUACAGAAGUUUAAGAGUAAAAUAAUAUCCGAGUUGCAAAACAAUGGAAUACAUAUUUAUCAAUUUCCAACUGAUGAUGAAAGCGUAGCAGAUGUGAAUGCUACCAUGAAUACUCAUGUACCCUUCGCUGUCGUUGGCAGUACAGAUUUCGUUCGCGUGGGCAACAAAAUGAUGCGUUCUCGUCAAUAUCCGUGGGGUACAGUUCAAGUUGAAAAUGAAUCUCAUUGUGAUUUCAUAAAAUUACGCGAGAUGCUAAUAGGUACUAAUAUGGAAGACAUGCGCGAAAAAACGCAUUGCCGCCAUUAUGAACUUUAUCGAAAAAAGAGAUUGGAACAAAUGGGAUUUAGUGAUGUCGAUAGUGACAACAAACCUGUAAGUUUCCAACAGACGUGCGAAGCAAAGCGAUCCAUUCACUUACAAGAAUUGCAACAAAAAGAGGAUGAGAUGCGACAAAUGUUUGUCGCUCGAGUAAAAGAAAAGGAAGCUGAAUUGAAAGAGGCAGAAAAAGAGUUGCAUAGUAAGUUUGACAAGCUAAAGAAAGACCAUAGCGAAGAAAAAAAGAAAUUAGAAGAAAGUCGUAAGAAGCUUGAAGAUGAUAUACUGGAAUUUAACAGACGAAAAGCACAAUUUGCGCAGCAACCCCAACAUCAUACGCUAACAUUAGGUAAAAGCAAAAAAAAGUAAAACAUAUUUCAUCGUGACGAUAUCUUUUUAUACCAUUUCAAUAUGACCAUGCAUAAUUGCAUUAUACAAUGAUAGUAUUAUUAUUUUAGUUACAUAUUAUAUACCUGAUAUUAUAUAUUAUUUUAUAGUAUGUUUUAUUAUAUGUAUUCCGUAUAUACAUUAAAUAUAUACCAAAAAUUUUUCUAGAGAUAUAUUCUAUAUAAGUCACAUAUGUUUCGUAUUAUUAUGUAGAAAUAAUUCUAAUGAAAAAUAAUAUUUAAACAAACAUAUAUUUUUAAAUUAAUUUGUACUGAAUUUGGUUUUAUACGAAAUAUAUGUUUAAUAUGCAAAAAAAUA